AUGGGUCUGCCCGCCGAGGCCGUCCGUCCUCUUGUCGGUGCACUGGGGUCUCGGGUCCAGCCCUCGAGGCGUCGGUCGAGCCCACCCUUCGUUGCUGUCUCACGGCCUGGGUUUGGCCCCUCGGUCCCUGUUGUGAACCCUGGCCCCUCAAGACAUGGUUCCAAGAGCCGGUGUUUUGAGUUCAUAGGAGCUACACAUGACACGACACGCGUCAAAUUCAGAGGGACGAGGCUGGUGAAUGUAUAUUGUAUGGUCUCUCAGUAUUAUCCAAGAGGUAGCUUGUCUGCUUACCUUUCGAGGCACCCGAUCCUCUCCGUGGACGUCAUCAGAAGGAUGGCACUCGACGCGGCGAGAGGGUUGAGCUACCUUCAUGACAAGGGAAUCGUCCAUGGAGAUGUGAAGCCAUGCAACUUCCUCGUGGAUUUGGAUGGUACCGUGAAAGUUACCGAUUUCGGCCUGUCUCAUUUGGCAGCUUAUUACACUUCGUCCGAGGUCGGCGGGACCAUCAAUUACAUGGCCCCUGAGGUCAUCAAGGACGGGAAAUCCAGCUUGAAAGCAGAUGUCUACAGCUUCGGGAUCACCUUGUGGGAGAUUUGCCACCGCAAGACGCCGCACUCGAACAUGAAAACCGAGUUAAUCGACCAAGGAGUUGUCCAUCAUGUAAUCAGCCGUACCGGUGACCCGGAUACUGACUCAUAUACUCAAGGUGAGGCCGAAUAUAUCAGGAAAAUGUCCGAGGCAAUUCGCGAGCUUGAUGCAGAUGUGUUGGGACGCAGACCCGCGAAAGAGACCGAGCAUGAAAGACGUCGUGUACAAGUUAAUCCCCUGAAGAUGCUUCCCACGUUUAGUCCAAGAGGAACAGAAACAUGGUCGCUGACUGGUUUUAGCUGUAUGGUCAUUGAGGGCACAUCUCUCCCUCCAUGUAUAUCAGAAGUGAUCUUCUAUUGA